GGGACUGGUUAGCUGAAAACUAUAACAGAACUGAAAUCUUCUUUGUUUGGAAUCUUUAUUUUUGUUGAACCUAGCUCAUCUGAACCUCACAUUCACAUUAAUUUCAUCACCUGUGAUUUUAUGCCUCAGUGGGUCCUUCUUCAGUGCGGCCAUUGAUACAACAGACAUUCUUCUUUCACUGCAAUUCCCCUCUUUUUUUUUUUUCAAUCACCAAACGCAAGAACGAAGACACCACAGUUUCUCCAUUAUAAGAAUCGUUGAUUGGGGUGGGGGGUUUGAUCAUUCUCUAAUUUCCUCAAUUGAGUUUGGUCCAUUCUCUAUUGGGUUGCUUGCUUUUGCAUAAAAUCUGUGAAAAAAUCUAUCUAUUUCUCUAAGAGGCAAAUUGUCGAACACCUAAAUGGCGUCUAUGGGAUCCUUCCCAACCGGACUCGACGGUUCUAUACUUCUUCACAGUGCGAAUCACCAGCGACCCGUCAUUCCUAUACUUGCGUACAGGCCCAGAAAAUUAUCUCUGUGCAAUGGAUGCAGCGGCGGACGGCGGAGGUGGGCGGCGCAGCAUGUUAAAGCGACGAAGGAGGGGACUGAGCGAGUCGAGAGUGACGAUGAGUCAGAUGACGCUUUACAUGCCACUAUUGAAAAGAGCAGAAAGGUUCUUGCAUUGCAAAGAGACCUUUUACAACAGAUUGCCGAAAGAAAGAAAUUAGUCUCGUCAAUCAAGAAUAGUAUAAAUGAUCCCGAAGGAAGCGAAGAACCUUAUAUAGAGAGCAAUGUCACUAUUCCCAAUCUUGACCCCGUUGCAACUGAAGAUACCUCAAAACUUGGAAAAGACCUUCCUCGUAAUGGAACUUCAUUUAAAACCACUACUUCUUUGGGUGUUCAAUCUAAUGAAGUCCUGUCUAUGGCUUCGAAAUCCUCUGUGAAACCGAGCCCAGAGUAUCCGUACAACGAUGUGAAGAACACUACAGAGACAAUAAUAUCCGGUUCAAAGACUUCCAUGGAAGAAGAUUCAGGCAAACCGUUGAAGGAUACUACCGUAAAAACUGCUGUUCUGUCUGAUAUACCAUCGAGCAAGGAAAUUGUACAAAGUGAAGAUUUAAAGAAAUGGAGCCCAGAGAGUGCAUUAAGUGUUGAAGAGCCUACAAACGAAGAGGUGAAACCCCCUCCACUAGCUGGGGCUAAUGUGAUGAACGUAAUUUUAGUUGCUGCAGAAUGUGCUCCUUGGUCCAAAACAGGUGGGCUUGGAGAUGUUGCUGGGGCUUUACCUAAGGCUUUGGCUAGGCGUGGACACAGAGUCAUGGUUGUUGCACCCCGAUAUGGUGAUUAUGCUGAAGCUCAAGAUUUAGGGGUCAGGAAGAGAUAUAAAGUAGAUGGUCAGGAUAUGGAGGUGAAUUACUUCCAUGCCUACAUUGAUGGUGUAGAUUUUGUCUUUAUUGAUAGCCCCAUUUUUCGGGGCUUAGGGAGUAAUAUAUACGGAGGAAAUCGUGUGGACAUUCUGAAGCGUAUGACCCUGUUUUGCAAAGCUGCUGUAGAGGUUCCUUGGCAUGUUCCAUGUGGCGGGGUCUGCUAUGGAGACGGAAAUUUAGCUUUCAUUGCAAAUGAUUGGCACACUGCUUUAUUACCAGUCUACCUCAAAGCAUACUAUCGAGACCACGGUUUAAUGAAAUACACCCGAUCAGUCCUUGUCAUUCACAACAUAGCUCAUCAGGGUCGUGGGCCUGUCAACGAUUUCGCCUACGUGGACCUUCCACCUCACUACCUAGACAUCUUCAAGCUCUACGACCCCCUUGGUGGGGACCACUUCAACAUCUUCGCCGCAGGCCUAAAAGCCGCCGACCGUGUAGUCACCGUAAGCCACGGGUAUUCAUGGGAGCUCAAAACCCCCGAAGGGGGGUGGGGUUUAAACGGAAUCAUAAACGAUAACGAUUGGAAACUCCGUGGAAUUGUAAAUGGCAUCGACACCAAAGAAUGGAGCCCCGAAUCGGAUAUCCACUUACAAUCGGACGGGUACACAAGCUACUCCCUCGACACUCUAAAAACAGGCAAACCCCAAUGCAAACGGGCCCUACAAAACGAGCUCGGGUUACCCGUUCGUGAAGACAUCCCUUUAAUCGGAUUUAUUGGUAGACUAGACGAUCAAAAGGGGGUCGAUUUGAUAGCGGAAGCGGUACCGUGGUUAAUGGAUCAAGAUGUGCAGUUGGUUAUGUUGGGUUCGGGUCGACCCGAUCUUGAGGAUUUGCUUAGACGGUUCGAGGGGGAGUACUACGACAGGGCUCGAGGGUGGGUGGGGUUUUCGGUUAAAACGGCCCACCGGAUAACGGCCGGAGCGGAUGUGCUGUUGAUGCCUUCAAGGUUCGAGCCGUGCGGGUUGAAUCAGCUUUACGCGAUGCGUUACGGUACUGUUCCGGUUGUUCAUGCAGUGGGCGGGUUGAGGGAUACGGUUAGGGCAUUUGACCCGUUUUCGGAAACGGGUCUUGGGUGGACGUUCGGGCGGGCAGACGUGGGGGAGAUGAUACAUGCUUUGGGGAACUGUUUGUGGACUUACCGUGAGUUUAAACAGAGUUGGGAAGGGAUACAGAGAAGGGGUAUGGAGCAGGAUUUGAGUUGGGAUAAUGCUGCACAGAAUUAUGAGGAAGUUCUUUUAGCUGCUAAGUAUCAGUGGUGAAUUUGGUAUUAAUAAUAAUAUAGUCAAUAUUUUCUUGAAUUUGAGGCUGACUUUUUGCAAUUUUAGAUUGACAUUUUUUUAUUUUUUUUGUUUUGAAGUGGAUAUUGAAUCUUCAUUAGUAGUGGUAGAAAUGAAUGUAAAGAAUAAACAUUUUGUAAUCCACCGCCACUGACAUAUCAAAGCAUUUGCUUAUCAAACUUUUACUGUAAUUGAUAUCUUUUAACA